AUCAACUACUCUUCUUCCAGGUGCUGGUAGUUUGUUAUACAAAAGAUUUCUUCGGUCUGGGUCUUGAAACGCAAAUGCAAAGUUUAAACCAGGAAACAAGAAGGAAGAAGACAGAGGAGAAAAGCUAAAGAAGAAAGAAAACCCAUAAGAAAAAGAAAAGUCAGAGAAAAAAGGGAAAAACUGCAAUCAUGAACUUGUUCAGAUUGGCGGGGGACAUGACCCACCUCCUCAGUAUAGUUGUCCUCUUUCGUAAGAUCCGCACCACCAAAUCCUGUGCAGGAGUUUCACUUAAAACUCAAGAAAUGUAUGUCAUGGUGUUCCUCACUCGGUACAUUGACUUGUUCACAACGUACUACUCUUUCUACAACAUUUUGAUGAAGUUGUUCUUUAUCGGAACUUCAGUCGCUAUAGUCUGGUACAUGAGAUUUCAUAAAGUGGUGAAGCAAACAUACAACAAAGAUCAAGAUACUUUUAAACAUUACUAUCUUGUUCUUGCAUGCUUUGUGCUAGCGCUUCUGAUUCCACAUAAUUAUACCGUAAUGGAGGUUUUAUGGACAUUCUCAAUAUAUCUGGAGGCUGUAUUAAUCUUACCACAAUUGGUAUUGCUGCAAACCUCAUCCAACAUUGACAACUUAACUGUAAACUAUGUUUUCUUUCUCGGGGCAUAUCGAGCCUUAUAUCUUCUCAAUUGGAUCUAUCGUUUCUUCACUGAGCUCCACAGAAUUCGAUGGAUACCAUGGAUUUCAGGCCUGGUUCAGACUGCUUUAUAUGCUGACUUCUUCUAUUACUAUAUUAAGAGCUGGAGAAAGCAGGAGGAGCUGAGGAUUCCUGCUUGAAAUGGAUGAUUUCUGAUGGUUUAUGAAUUGACUAAAUGAAAAGUAGCCACACGCUGUUGUUGCCCAGGUGUUGGGGAAACGGAAAAUUUCAAUUUCUACUUUUAAGAGCACACUUGUUAUACGUUAUCUUUCACAUAAAGAGGGUACAACAACACUUUUUCCCAUAAUAUUUUUAGUUUUGGGAACUAUUUGUAUCUUGAAUUUUUUUUUCAAUAUAUAAAGGUUUAUUUUGUUGAUACUAGAAUAAA